AUGUCUUCUCCAAACACUCGUUCCAAGGGUUCUUCUUCUUCACGAUCUCAUGCAAACUCCACCCUUUUGCCCAGAAGAAUUUGGAUGAAAAUGUUCUCCAUCUUUUUGAGAACACACUCGUUCUGGGUCCUCAUUGGUUCGGCCAUGUUCAUGAGGAAAUGGCACUUCUAUUCAAAGAAUUUUACCAACAACACCUUCGACUUCUGCCUUGGUCCUAUGACUCCAACCUUGCUGGGCAUGGCUCAAAUCUUUGGGUUCAGACGUCAUGGAAGGCCUGUGGUCGUGGUUGGUGAUUACCACAGGAGGAAAAACCAAGAAAAAUUAGCCAAGCCAUUCACCAUCUCUCCUGCCAUAAUCAACCAUAACUGCACCUCCAAUUAUCUAAAGAAAUUCAGCACAGAGAAGGAUGGGGAUCAACAACACAUGUUGUUUCUUCUAUACUGGUUGAAUAGAUUCAAUCCACUGAACUUAUCUGCUCCUGGUGCAUUCUGGAUGAUCCAGAUCUGGAUGCAAGUGUACUUCCCAGAACUGAGGUUUUCGGAAGUUGUUCUACCUGAAGAUCAAGUUCUAGCGCUUCCUUUAAUGUCAGCAGAAGUGCCCAAGAGAUGGAUUGAAGAAUAUUUGAUGUUCUUUAGGCACUGCACCAAGAGGCUAUUUGAGAAGGAGCUAGAAGAAGAAGAAGCCAGAAUUGAAUUCAGGAAGAAGUUCCUAAGUGUGACACUACCUCGGGACCUGCCUUUUGGAGGUGGGAAGCCUCCCAAAUAUCGCUUGGGUGCAGAAGUGUAUCAUCCUAACUUCUAUGCCAGGCAGCUUGGUUGCCCUCAGCUCAUUCCGCUCAAGUGCUCGGUGAACAAGAUUAACAAUAGCGUGGAUGCUCUCUAUCCAUCUUGGGAGCCCAAUUCCUGCAGUUCUGCCGAGUUUGAUGCUUGGUGGAAGGCCAGGUUUGCUGAUCUGCCUGCUUCAAGUUUUGCCCCAAAGGUGCUCUUCGAUGGUUGGGACUCUUGGACUGUCUACGCAGGGGCAGAAGCCAAGCAAUUCAUGGUGCAGAUGAUGAAGGACAUCAAUGCGCAAGUGAUUGAAGAUCCCUCUAUGACAAAGAAUCUUAGGGGACAAGCUGUUCAGGCUGGAGAAGUGUUUGGUAAAAGGAAUAAGAGAAAGGAGGCUACCCCAACUCAGGACAGUGCUACCCAGUCUGAAAACUCAGCUGAAAGUCCCCCUUCGCCUAGUAGGUCAAAAAGACUUAGGAAGAGGGCUGUGGUGGAAUAUGUGGUUACAGAAGAACCUGCAACAGCUCCUACAACCACUUCUGGGACUGAUAAAGAGCUGCGAGAGGCUUUUGAAGCUGAAAUUCCUGUUGAAAUAAUAGCAGUGACCAUUGCCCUAGCCAAGCAACAACACGAAGCUCAAAGGAUAGAACCCACUAGUUUAGAACUGGCUCUAUUUGAUGAUGUGGAGGUUGAACAUUCUGCUAUUGUUCCAGAGCAUGAAGUGGAGGCAGAACACUCCGUUGCUAUCCCUGUUCCUAAGGUAGAAGAGGACAGAACUGUUAGGACUUUCGUUGUAGUGACCAGCCCUUUCAAACCUCCUACUGUGGCUUAUGGAACUUUUCUUAGCUCCUCGACCACUGCCUCCUUUGCCGAUCCAGAAUUGGCAAAGUUUGAAGCUAUGGAUCUAGAUGCUCAGCUGGACAAGCUAGAGAAACUUAGCUCCACUCCUGGCAAAGCUAAGUCCAAAGCAUUGGAUAAGGUAGUGGACAGAGUGAGAAUCUGGCAGUCAACUGAGCUGGACUUAGAUGAGAACAAGGAGAACAUGGCUCCCAGGCCUAUCCUUAAGAUCAAUUUGGGCCUAGCAAGAGAUGUGCUCAACCUCCAUAACCACUAUGAAGAUCUCAAGCCCUCCGUCAAUGCCUCUGAAUUCUACAGGGCUACUCAUGAAGACAACUUGGCUGAUUAUAAAAAACAGAAGGCAAAAUUGGAUGUUCUGGUUGCUGACUACAAGGAGACCAAGUCCACUAUUGAAAAGCUAGAAAAACACAUCGAGGAACUCCAGAAGCAGCUGGCUGGGUUAAGGGAGAAGUAG